CGGAAGGAAAGGAUAAGAAGAAGAGGAAAAAGUAGAAGAAGAAGAAGAGGCGGAGUUAAAUCGAGUGAGUUAGAUAAGGAGACUUGUGGUGUACUCGUAAAGGGAUACGCGUCAGUAGAGUUCGUCAGUCUGCGGAUGAACGUCUACCGAAAUAACGGGAGCAAUUUAAGCAUCGCAUUUACUGUGGCAACGUUUAUAACGUCUACGAAUAAAUAUAGGAUUAACACAUAAUUAAAAAAAAAAAUAGCAACGUUGAUUUUUUUGGAAUUAAUCAGUGAUAAAUUCGCAGUGAUGAUGCGCUAAAUUAAAUCGAAUAAGCCAUUUCUUUGUUUUUUACAAAGACGAAAAAAAUUACUAAUUGAGAAAAAAAAAGUGAUAAUGAAUACGUACAUAAUGUAAACUUCUGAAAGUGCAUGUUUAAUUACGAGCAAAACGAGUUUAUUUAAGGAACAAGUUGAAUUGCAGCGAUCAAGAGCUAAUUACAAGGAAGAAAGAGGAUAAUUGGGGCGAAUUGUUCAGAGAUAACGAUCUAAUUGGACAUAAAGUACUACAGUAAUUUCUGGAAGAAUACCUUUUGCGAGUUAAUUAACAAUAACUACAAUGUAGCGUCACGAAACGAUUCGGUGUGAGCUCCUGCUGUUUGCGGCCAAAGUUCGUGUUGUUGCUGCAGCCACUAAGCAGUAUUCUGAGAAGGUCACAAAAAUUUAUCGCACAUGAAUCUCGACGAUUUUUGAUUAUCCAAAGAAUGCGAAGGAAAAAAAACUGUUUUCUGCGCAUUUACUAAAAGAUGGGGCACAUUGUAGUAAAUGACACUUUCGUUGAAAUCUUUUCGGAGGCUGGAAGCUCCAAGCCAUUUACACGCUCCGAGACUAUUACUGCUGCAGUAUGCGCUAUAAUAUUCAGCAUUAUUGGAGUAUUAGGUAAUUUAAUAACGGUAAUCGCAUUGUUAAAAUAUACCAGACUGAGACGACACGCCACCACGGCAUUUGUGAUAAGUCUAAGUAUCUCCGAUUUGAUCUUCUCGGCGGUAAACUUGCCUCUAACCGCCAGUAGAUAUUUGAACGAAGCAUGGGUUCUGGGUGAAACCCUAUGCAAAAUAUUCCCCUUAUUCUUCUACGGAAACGUCGCUGUAUCUUUACUCAGUAUGGUGGCCAUUACUAUCAACAGAUAUAUACUGAUCUCACAGUCGGACAUUUACAACCAGUUAUACACUACUCGUGGCAUAAUGCUGAUGUUAAUAGGUAUAUGGACUCUAAGUUUCUUGAUGCUGCUACCACCCUUAUUAGGCAUCUGGGGUACUCUAGGAUUAGAUCCGGCCACCUUCUCAUGCACCAUACUGAAGAAAAACGGCUCAAGUCCGAAGAAGUUUCUGUUCAUUCUUGGCUUUAUCGUACCAUGCGUGGUGAUCAGUGUUUCGUAUCUCUGCAUAUAUUGGCGUGUACGCAGAAGCCGAAAGAAUCUCGAGGCUCACGCAGCGGAAAGCGGUCGACGAGGCGGUGGCUUUCAACGGCGGGAAGACUCGAGAGUGACUAGACUGAUGCUUACUAUAUUCCUUUGUUUCCUGUUGUGCUUCAUGCCGCUGAUGCUGGUGAACGUUAUCGACGAUAAGAUGAAGUAUCCAAUACUUCAUAUAGUGGCGUCUGUGCUCGCAUGGGCAUCCGCGGUGAUAAAUCCUUUUAUUUAUGCCGGCACCAACAAACUGUACAGAGAGGCAUACAAACAGAUUCUGUGCCCAGUUUCAAGUAGGACACCUACAAUCGGUCCCAAACCGACGCAUUCUCACUCGAGCAAGUUUUUGACACCCCAUACGAUAUAAACGUAUCUUCCGUUCCGGAAAUAAUCGAUCGCCUCGGAUUAAUGGCGAAAAAGUAGACGCAUAA